AUGUCAGCUCGUACCUUUUUUACUACUGGUAAAAAAAUUGUUGCUAUAGGCAGAAAUUUCAGUGAGCAUGCAAAAGAACUUGGUAAUACCGUCCCUACUUCACCCUUUUUCUUUUUGAAACCUACCUCUUCCUAUUUGGCAAAUGGCGGUACGAUCGAGAUUCCACCUGGUUGUGAAGUACAUCACGAAAUUGAGCUAGCAGUCGUUAUAGGCAAAGAAGCUUGUGAUUGCCCGGCUUCAGAAGCAAUGGAACAUGUUGCAGGUUAUGCACUUGCUAUUGAUUGCACAGCUAGAAACCUGCAGAACGAAGCUAAAAAGAAGGGUUUACCUUGGAGUACAGCUAAGGGAUUCGAUACAUUCUCGCCCAUUAGCGAGUUUAUACCAAAAGAUAACUUUGCAGACGUACAAGAUGUUGAUCUUUGGCUUAAAGUAAAUGGUCAAAUACGUCAACAAGGAAAUACACGUGAUAUGAUCUUCAAUGUCCCCUCCCUUAUUGAAUAUAUAUCCUCCAUUAUGAAACUUGAGGUUGGAGAUGUGGUUAUGACGGGUACACCUUCCGGCGUUGGUGCUCUCAAGGCUGGAGAUAUGGUUACAGCUGGUAUGAAACCAGGAAAUGCAGAAAAGGAUAUUGUAAGCUUAAACUUCAAUGUAGCCGUAAGAAGUAAUGGGCUUUUUAAAGCUGAUUGA